CGAAACUCCCGGUCGUCGUUUAUUCAGUGUGAAAUUAGGUGAGUUCCUUUAAUUACAUCGUCUUUAGCCAUUUCUUGUCUCGCACGCAAUCGACUUUCUGUUUUGGUUUCCCACGCAGAUUUUAAACUUGAGUUUGUUUCUCACACAGAAAUAUUGGGAUCAAAACAUGUGCAUGCAGUAGAAUCUCGACAAAAGAUCGUAGAGAUCGAGUGAGCAAUAUUUACAAAUGACAACGACGGGUCCGGCGAGGACAAGCUCAUUGAUGGACGAUCUCUUGGGACUCCUUAGAAUCCGCAUCAGACGUGGCGUUAAUCUCGCCGUCCGUGACAUCAAUAGCAGCGACCCUUACAUCGUCGUCAAAAUGGGCAAGCAGGUCAUACAAUAUAUCAUCGGAUAUUUACAGCUUCGUAAUAUAUCAUUACGUGCAAAUAUCAAUUUAUUGUUUCUUUUUUUUUUUUUUGUGCAGAAGUUGAAGACUCGUGUCAUUAGCAAAGACGUAAAUCCAGAAUGGAAUGAAGAUCUGACUCUCUCCGUCACAGACCCCAGUCUUACCGUCCUCUUGACGGUGUACGACCACGACAUGUUUAGCAAGGACGACAAGAUGGGUGAUGCAGAGUUCGAGAUAAAACCAUAUAUUGAGGCUUUAAGGAUGCAACUUGACGGACUUCUUAGUGGAACCAUUGUCACCACGGUUCAGCCAAGUCGUCGCAACUGCUUAGCCGAGGAGUCUAAAGUCACUUGGAUCGAUGGUAAGCUCGUCCAGGAUCUCGUUCUCAGAUUACGACACGUCGAAUGUGGAGAGGUCGAGGCUCAGCUUCAGUGGAUUGACCUCCCUGGCUCCAAGGGUCUGUGAAACUUCUCUUUACUAAUUACCGUUACUUUUUAAGGUUUUUUUUCUUUCAAAUUGAAUUAAACCUCACAAUCACAACAAGUGACAGAACCAUCUUGAUGGUAUAGUGAAUUAGAAGCGUGUAUUUGUCCAUAAGAAUAUAAGGAUUAUUGGAUUAAGAACGUUGAGGGAAGUUUUGCUCCCAUAUGGUGAUGGAGUCAUGGUGGUGGAUAUUGUCUAUGUAUAUUUGGGUUUAGAUUUGUGCCUUAAAUAAGGCUUUAAUUUGA